AUUCGUAGUAUUAAAUCACCUUUUCCGCACUGACUCGGCCAGAUAUAUCUAAUCUCUUUAUAGCAGGAAAUAUUUAGAUGGACCGGUAACGCUCGCAUGGAGAAGUACGGACAGUACCGUGACAAGGGUUCGGGCAUCGCGCCUUUCUUCCCUAUAGCCCCUACGCCUUCCGGAAUAUAUUUGCCUUUGCACGUCUUCCUGUUUUGCGUGCGUGUGCCGUUGCUGUUCGCUUUCUCCAUCACCUAUUUCGUCCUUUUCUCAUGGCUGCCGGUCAACUCUCUGGUCAAAAAGGCGGCGCUAUGGACGAUGCUUGGGAUACCGGGAAUCUGGUGGGUUGACUUGCAGAUUGAUGGCGUAAGAAGGGGCAGUUUAGCACAGCAUCAGCACCGUCUACCAAAGCCAGGCACAGUCAUCGCGAGCUCGUUCACGUCGCCUAUUGAUUGCUUGUAUCUGGCUGCAAUCUUUGACCCGGUCUUCACGGCCUCUUACCCGAACACUCGCCUCGUCGAGCAGAUUUCGCUUUUCCACGCCAUCGUGCGGGCGCUUCUAGGGCCACAGCUUGCGCCGGCGAAGACUGCUAAGCUAGUGUCCCUCGCUACGUUGUUGAAGGAAAACCCGGACUCCUCCAUCGUCGUUCUCCCCGAGUGCACAACCAGCAACGGAAGAGCCAUCUUGCCAUUCAGCCCCAGUCUUCUUACAACGCCGCCGAAAACCAAGAUAUUCCCAAUCAAUCUUCGCUAUACUCCUGCGGACAUCACCACACCGAUCCCGGGGGCGUACUUAACCUUCCUGUGGGAUCUAUGCUCUCGCCCGACGCACUGCAUUCGUGUGCGUAUUGCAGAAGCUGUUUACAAUACGGCACCGGACGCAAAGCCAGUCGCUGCCCGGUCGAAUAGCUAUGAGACAAGCUUUUUCGACGAAAUGCAGGCGGGAAGUACACUGUCGAGCUCGGAUACGCUAGUCAGCAGCAACGGGGACGAGCUUAGCCACGAGGAGAGGAAGGUGCUAGAUCGUGUCGCUGAGGAUCUGGCCAGGUUGGGACGCGUCAAAAGAGUUGGGCUGGGCGUUGCUGAGAAAAUCGAUUUCAUGAAAGUUUGGAGCAAGACGAGGAAGAUAUAUUGACGAGGUUUUCUAUUUUCUCCCGGUCACGUACGUAUAAUGAUAGGAGCAGUGUUCGAACUUUAGAAUAAUGUGAUGCAGUGCGGCCAGCCAAAGAACGAAUGAAAUCGAUUCACCCCUUUCCUACAGACUGGCGUCAGGGCGAAAAGGUCAAUGGAGCUUACUUCAACAUGCUAAGACCUCUUCACAGUUUUUGAGUGCUGCAAUGGAUCUACUCAACGGCUGUGUUAUUACACUUUUAGUGAUCACUUAUGUCUAUUCUCAAGUUCAUAUUGUCAUGCUUUGCAUCAGUAAAUCGGAAAGCAUCAAGGCCAAGGGCAGUUUUCUUGUAUGGACCAGUGACAUUUCAUUUCCAUUUCACAAAGCAUGAAAGUGUGUUGGUAUAUGCCUCUGAAGUCGGUUGGAUUUGCUGAAACAUUUUUGUGCAUUUUAUCUUGAAAUCGAUAAUAUAAAAAGAAGUUCUUGCAUUCCUAUGGG